AUGGCACCGAAAAAACGUCGACAAGUAAAUAAUAAAGAAAAUACAGAUGAAAAUGCAACGAAUGGCAAACUCGAGCCCAUAUCCAUUCAACCAAUCAUUAAUCAAAAUCUCGAGAUAUUCGAAGAUAACUAUCAAAAAGAACAUAAACAUCGUGAAAGCCAAAUUCAAGAAAAAUUAGCUCUGGUCCAUCGAGAAUUUGAGAAAUAUUUACAAACUCAUGAAUCUCAGGCAAAACUCGCUCGUUCACUCGAACAAGCUAUAACACGGCUCAAUCAUCAACAACAAACAAACAACGCUGCUAUUCCUCAAUGUCAAGAGUUGCUAAACAAAACAACGGAUCUUAUGAAUACAUCUGCCUUGGACAGCUCACGAACAAAAACGUAUCUGGUCGGUGAAUUACAAAUGUUACCACUUGGUAAUGGUAAUUAA